GCUGGAAAUGAGCUAACGAACACAGCGGCGUCGGGGUGCACUGGUCAUCGCAGUUUGGUGUGUUUUAAUUCCCCGAAGGUUUGAAACGGGGGAACGUCAAGAAACUUGUCGGCAAAGUCAAGAGAGCGGGAGUAUGUGGUUGGACUCACGGGCGCUGUAGGAUGAAGAGCCCGCCGAACCGCACCAGGGACAUCGAGCGGCAAGCUGGCUACCUGAAGCCCGAGCACUGCGCCCCUCCCCCGCCCCGCACAGGCUCAGACACCAUGUGGUUCAUCCGUGACGGCUGCGGCAUCGUGUGCGGCGUCAUCACCUGGCUGCUGGUCUUCUACGCCGAGUUUGUGGUGGUGUUCGUCAUGCUGCUGCCGGCCAAGAACGUGGUUUACAGCCUCUUCAAUGGGGUGCUCUUUAACGGCCUCGCCUUCCUCGCCCUCGCCUCACACGCCCGAGCGAUGUGCACAGACCCGGGAGCUGUGCCUAAAGGGAACGCAACCAAAGAAUUCAUUGAAAGCCUACAGCUCAAACCAGGACAGGUGGUCUACAAAUGUCCCAAGUGCUGCAGCAUCAAGCCUGAUAGAGCUCACCACUGCAGUGUGUGUAAGCGCUGUAUCAAAAAGAUGGACCACCACUGUCCCUGGGUGAACAACUGUGUUGGAGAGAACAACCAGAAAUACUUUGUGCUGUUCACAAUGUACAUUGCACUAAUAUCCUUCCACGCGUUAGUCAUGGCGGCCUUUCACUUUGUUUUCUGCUUUGACGAAGACUGGACAAAAUGCAGCAACUUUUCUCCACCAGCAACAGUCAUCCUCCUCAUCCUCCUCUGCUUCGAGGGUCUCCUCUUCCUGAUCUUUACUGCAGUCAUGUUUGGGACUCAGGUCCACUCCAUCUGCUCAGAUGAAACGGGUAUCGAGCAGCUUAAGAAGGAGGAGAGAAGAUGGGCCAAAAAGUCUAAAUGGAUGAACAUGAAGGUUGUGUUUGGCCACCCGUUCUCUAUAUCCUGGCUCAGCCCCUUUGCAACACCCGACCAUGGAAAGGCAGAUGUUUACCAGUACAUAGUGUGAAAAUGGGAAACCGAGCUGAGCUCUGCUGCUGUGGAUACAGAAUAAUGAGUCAUGACCUGGACAUGAACUCAUUUUAACCACCUCGAAAUUUUCUUUCCUUAAUAAAUUCUUGACAAGUUGGGAUGAUUAUUUUUUUUUGUAAACUUUUAUGUUUUCUCCUUUUUAUUGUUUCCCUCUUGGUGCUGACUGAGAUUAAUGGAGUGUUGAUACACAACAAAACUGUAUGAGGACGAAAAAAACCCAUCUCAAGUGAAGCCACAAAUGUAAGAGCUGGGAAAAAAAUGACACUAGACAACUGAGCUCAAUAUUCGCUGGAGGAUGACUGAUCAUUUCCUUCUUUCUAGGACUAAAUACUUUCAACUUAAGUCCAAACGUUUUGGCUUUAAAGCAGUGCAACCCUGGUUAAAUCUUCCUGUAAACGUUAUGCUCCUGUUUAUUUUCUGUAUUGGUGUCCUUGGCAUUGUAUCUUUGCUGAAUGAGUAAGGUGUUUUGCCUUAGAACAGUGCAUUAGCAAGCAGUGGCGUCUGAUAUUUUUUAAGAUACUUCUAUUUAUUUGCCUUAAUGUGACAAGACAGGUUCACACUGAUCUGGAAGUGAGCUUGUAGGUGGAUUUGUUCAGGUCAUAGUAAGGAAUGUAUUUUCAGAGUACGUUUUGUAAAUGUUUCUUUUUGUUUGCAGCCAACCCCCCCUUCGUUUGGCUCAUUUUGCAUGCAAUGAAAAUGAGAAAAAAAAGCAUAUAAGGAAGGCUUGAUUACUUUUUUUUUUUAUUGUUACAAGUAGGUCUUAAGAUGUCUCUCGAGUGUGUGACACAUGUUGCGACAGUGAAUAUUUGUCAUUACCAAGCUUUGUCAAAAAUGUAACAGAGGAGCCUUUCAUUUCUUUUUUUGUUUGGCUGCAAAUCAGGCAAACUUAAUCUAAAUAUCUCCCCAAUGAGAUGUUUGAAGCAGCCUAGCAAGACGUGAUGCAUUGGAAGCCGUUAUUAUUGGAAGUUGGUUGGACAGAAACUAUGAUUAGUCUUUCUUUUUUUGUGGUAAUAUUCAAAACCAAGUCUUGGAGGGACAAAAAGUGACAGAAAAGCCUCAUCUUGAGUAGGUAAUGAAGUUUCUCAGUCAUCCAAGUCACGGGAGCAUUGAAGAGACUUAGUAGUUGAGGUUUCUGUAUUGCUUCAGGAGUUACUUAAUGUAUUAUGAGUGAACCAGAAAUAGCAGAACUACAAAGUCUGUUACAAACAAUGCAUUUAAUAACAAUCAUGCAUUACUUUGAAUCCCUCAUUUGUCGUUUGAAUCCUGUAAAAACGGUGAACUCCUCUGUCAGUAACUCAUACUGUAGAAACACUGACAUAAAUACUACAUCCGCUAUGUUAGUAGUACUCAGGUAUUAGUGACUAUCAGAAAUGUUUAAAUUUAGUUGUUUAUUCCAUCACUUAUAGUUCAAAUGUUGAUUGUAGAUGAUAUCAGGGUUUGAUUUAAUAAAAAAAAAAAGAGGAAUCAGAAAUAACAUAGAAAUUAUUCAUACAGAAUUCACCAAAAUCGAACUUAAAAGUGCUUUACACGUUAAACAUAAACCACUUUUUAGACAUAAAACUUUUUUUGUGCUGAGACUUAAGCUAUCGGAUUCACCAGACAGUAAAACCAGCGUCUCUUUGAUUGUUUGACUUUGUGUGUUCGUUCUCCUUGCUUGAUAACCAUCACCAGCGCAGAUGGAAAUGCAGGGAAUAAAGCAAUGCAUGUAGCUUCCUGAAUACGCUGACCCCAAGUGUAAUUCACUUGUUCUCGAUCGAUGGAACUUGCUUGUAGAUAAUCCAGUUUGUCGAAGUAGUUCUGUGUCUCACAGGAUAAAAUGUUGAGUCACGAUCAGCUCAGCGAAGAGUGUUUAUUGAAGUCUGAAAGAGUCUGACUUUCAGACUUGUGAAGGUUUUAGAUUUUGCUGUGAUGGUUAAGAAUCUGAUGCUCGGAGGAAAUAGGCCACUUAAGAGCAUGUAAGAAAAUGCCUUGCCUCUGUGUUUGAAAGCCUUACUGUAGUUAAAAACAUGCUGUCAAGGAUGAUGAAAUGAGUUAUUUGAACAUAUGUUUUGCCAAAUUGUGUGUUUGAUUUGAGGGAUUUCUGAAAUGACCAUUAUAAGCGAGUAGCAUGGUCAAGAAUGACAUUGUCUCAUAGGCUUUUAAAUAUUUUUAUACUUGUCACAGUUUUAAUAAUACAAUACACCAGCUUUCUGUCUUUCAUACUUUAAAAAAAACAAACUGUUCAACAUGUUUUCUGAUCAGAUAUGAACACUAUUUGACAAAGUUAUGUAUGUCUAUAUUUUUUUGAUUUGUAUUUGUUUAAAUGGGAAAUAAAUAAAACUGUAUGACCUUGACAUAACUUUUGGUAAAGAUUUAUUGCUAUAGUUAAAGCAUUCUUGGCUCAGAAAACAAAUGCAAGUUCUUAAUACUAUUGUGUCAGACAAAAUAACAUUGUUUAUUUCUGAUUGUAAAAGCAGGUAUAUUAAAACAACACAUACGACUAA